AUGUCGAUCUCCUCAAGGGGGCCGUACGGCUACUCGAAGAUGGAGAAGGAAGACCCGGAGGAGGCGAGCCACCGGAGGGCUCAGUUCUUGAUCUACAAGGCGUUGGAGAGAGCCGACUGCGAGUCUGCUCAAGCGAGGCGGCCGUCCUUCUUGCGGAUCAGGUUCUGCAGGCUCAAGAUGAGGGUCGGCAAGAGGUUGAAGAGGAUGAGGAAGGGCAUGCUGCUGACGCUCUCUCAGUCCAGGGUCGGUGCUUACAAGCAGAAGAUCGUGAAGCAGAUAAAGAGGAGCUGCCUGCGCUUGUUCAGACUCGGAGAGAGCACCAAGCCCAGCAUUCCACAUUUGCUCAUAUGA